ACUGCAUUACCAUCCUUGUCGUGCAGUUACAAGGUCCUAGACAUGGCGACCCGUUUGCUUAAAGUUAGUUCCGCGUUACGAGCUUAUUCUAAUAAAACCAGCCUUGUAAAGGUACCAAAGCAAUGGCAGUCCACAUCAACAUCACUUAAAGAAAUAUUACUAAAUCAACCAGCAACGCAGGUUACAGUUUUAGAUUGUGGCUUGAAAGUUGCUACUGAAGAUAGUGGAGCACCAACAGCUACUGUUGGGCUAUGGAUAGAUGCUGGGAGUCGCUAUGAAGAUGAUGAAGUCAAUGGAGUUGCUCAUUUUAUGGAACAUAUGGCUUUCAAAGGAACUACUAAACGUUCACAAACUGAUUUAGAAUUAGAAAUUGAAAACAUGGGUGCUCAUUUAAAUGCAUACACAAGUAGAGAACAAACAGUAUUUUAUGCCAAAUGUUUGGCCGAAGAUGUUCCAAAAGCUGUUGAAAUUUUAAGUGAUAUCAUUCAAAAUUCAAAACUUGGUGAGGUUGAAAUUGAAAGAGAACGUGGUGUUAUCUUGAGAGAAAUGCAGGAAGUUGAAACAAAUCUUCAAGAAGUUGUUUUUGAUCAUUUACAUGCUAGUGCAUAUCAGGGCACACCAUUAGGAAGAACAAUUCUUGGCCCAACUGAAAAUAUCAAAAGUAUUACAAAAAAUGACCUUGUUUACUACGUUAAGACACACUAUGGUCCACCUAGAUUCAUUUUAGCUGGUGCAGGUGGUGUAAAUCACAAAACUCUAGUAGAUUUAGCUCAAACACAUUUUGGCCAAAUGAAAGGGCCAUUCUAUGACGAAAUUCCUCUCUGUCCACCAUUACCAUGCCGUUUUACGGGAUCAGAAAUAAGAGUUCGUGACGAUAAUAUUCCACUAGCACAUGUAGCCAUUGCUGUUGAAGGACCUGGUUGGACAGAUGCAGAUAAUAUUCCUCUUAUGGUUGCAAAUACCCUUAUGGGCGCAUGGGAUCGCAGCCAAGGCGGUGGAGCAAACAAUAUAAGUUAUUUGGCAGAAGCUUCUGCAGCUGCAGGAUUAUGUCACAGUUACCAAAGUUUUAAUACUUGUUAUCAAGACACGGGUCUUUGGGGAAUAUAUUUUGUGAGUGAUCCUUUGGAAAUUGAACAUUUUGUAUAUAAUAUACAACGUGAAUGGAUGAGAUUAUGCUUGACAAUAACAGAAAAAGAAGUAAAUCGUGCAAAAAACAUUCUUAAAACAAAUAUGCUCCUUCAGUUAGAUGGCACAACUGCAAUUUGUGAAGACAUUGGUCGACAGAUGCUGUGUUAUAAUCGACGCAUACCACUUCAUGAACUUGAGGCUAGAAUAGAAAGUGUGACUGCUAAAAAUAUUCAUGAAGUUGGUAUGAAGUAUAUUUAUGAUCAGUGUCCAGUAAUCGCAGCAGUUGGACCAAUCGAAAAUUUACCAGAUUAUAAUCUAAUUCGUAGCGGCAUGUACAGAUUGCGAAUAUAAACACAUUUCCGGCAAUGAACAUAGAAUAAGUUGCAAAUAACAUCAUUUUUAGCAAAAUAUUUGAAUUAAACUAAGACUAAAAAUAUAAACCAUUUAUAACUGUAAAGUACAAUUGUAACUAUAAAGUGAUAAAAGUUAUAAAAAAAAAUUUAUAUUUACUUUUUAAUUAUAUUUUAUAGUCUUAUUUUAAUUUUGGUCAGCAAGUGAUACAUUUCAUUUCCAAGCUAUGUAUUAUCUGGCUUAAACAUAAUAAAUUGAUCUUUAAAAAACUCAA